AUGACAACCGCGAGCAACCGCCCUAUCGCCGGGCCUCAAUGGCUCAUAAACCUCGUGGACGCCUUUGAGGCGAUAAAGCUGGCUAUACUUCAGUCUGCCCCAAAACUCCUCAUCUCAUGGCUCUACGUCCCCUUCGGCAUCAUGGCCAUGCUCGCCGCAUGCUUCGGCGUUAGCGUCAUCUUCCAGACCGUCGGCGUCUCGUUCCCAGCUUCCGUCGCCUGUCUCAUUCUGCUGUUCUUCGGCUUGCUCCUGUCGGAAUUGGUUCUUGGAAACCACAAAACAAAGGCUAUAGUCGCAGUCAUUGACGUGCCGGCUGGUUGGUCCCUCCGAUGGAUCAACGUCUUCUUCACUCCCUCCUUCAUCAUGCUCCCUCUCAGUCCUUCUAUUGGAAUCAUCGAGGUCAUGAAAAUCAUCGCCGUCUUCAUCAUCGGCUUCGUCAUCAUGAUGGCCCUCGCCGCCUACCUCACCCGCGGCCUCCAACUCCUCCUCGGAUCCUCCAAACGCGCUCUCACUGAACGUGCAGAAGAGAUGGGCAACGAGACCGACGAGAUCCCGCUCGCCGACACCCCUCCGCGCACCGAUUCGACCCCAGGAUCGCGAACCAUCUCCGCCGCGCCGUCCUCUUUAUCCCUCAACACCAUCGCGCCGCCGCCCACCUCUCAAAACGCGACUCACAACUUUCUUCCAGCCACGAACAGCCCUCUCCGAGCUUCCGACAACGAAGAUGAGACUCUCACAGUCCAGAAUACGUCUCUCCCUCCCCAAGUCCCUCUGCCAAUGCCGCGCGCCCAGCUCUGGGCGGCUUGGAUCUGCGCUCAUCUCGACGUCACCAUCUACGCUGCCAUCUUCCUUUUCGUCGGCUUCCCAGUAUACUACGCGACAGGAUACGGCAUGCCUCUCCAUCUGAGCCUCAUCAUUCUCAUCUAUAUGGCCGCCGCCUCGAUCCCAGCAAACUGGCGCCAGUACCUCCACCCCGUGCUCGUUUCCUCGCUCUUCUCCGUCCUCAGUAUCUGGACUUUGGCGGCGAUCCGAGGCGACAGCUUGCCGACAACCUUACAAUCUUUCCGAACAGGCGCGAAUUACACGUACCUAUGGCUCCACACCCACUCUGGCCGUCUCCCGGGCGCUGGAGAUAUGUUCAGCACCGUCCUGGAUGCGAGCAUCGUGUCGCUUGCGUUGCCAAUGUACCAAUACCGCCGCGAGCUGAAGCAGCACUUCGUCGCGAUCGUCCUGCCCAACAUCGUAAUGUCCAUUGGCUGUCUGUUCUCGUACCCCAAGAUCUGCUACGCCAUCGGGAUCAGCGCAGAGAGAUCCCUAGCGUUUGCAUCUCGCAGCUUGACGCUCGCCCUUGCCCUUCCUGCGACGGAGAAUCUGGGAGGUGACUCGAACACGGUAGCUGCGAUUGCCAUUAUGAGCGGCAUUGUCGGCGUGCUUGUUGGACAGCGGAUGCUGGGAUGGUUCAAAAUUCCCGAAGAUGACUAUAUUACGCGCGGAGUCACGCUCGGCGCCAACUCAUCGGCGAUCGCAACGGCCCUGCUUCUCCGGACUGACCCUCGUGCGGCUGCGUUGUCGAGUUUGUCUAUGAGCUUGUUCGGCACCAUCACCGUUUUGUUCACGUCCAUACCGCCAAUUGCGAGCGUCAUCAAAUCUCUGGUCACUUAA